UAUAUAUACAUACCCAGCUAUCUUUAUCAAGCCCAGUAUGUUCUAUAGACACUAAGAAGCCCGGGCUUUCCUUUGUACUUAGAGCUGUAUAUUCUGCACGAAAGCAUUCUAUAAUUAAAAACUAUUAUGCGCAACCGCAGAGGGGUAAGUUUUUUCAAUAUACAGUUGAAAACAUAUUUCUCAGCUUUCACAAAGCCCACUAUGUAUUACUUACUAUAUGAGUCCCGUUUGUAUAUUCUGAGGAGGUUUUGCGCAUUAUACGAAGCCCGACAGUGUUGUCAAUAUUUACCUAGUACGCAGUUCCUUUCAAUAAAAUUACAAAUAUCCAAAUCUUCAAUAGGGCUGCACUUAUCUGGUUUCUAGAAAAUAUUAUGCACUUUUUUUAACAUAUUUGAGAGUUUACUUAGUGUAGUGUGUUGGUUUGUACUACCAGAAUGGACAGAACUAAAUUUCUCAUAAGUUUAGCUGCUCAAAAUGAAACAGCACAUGUGACAGACGUGGGUGAAGUUACUCAUUUACCUAAACGUCAAAGGUCUACAUACUCCAGACCACCUUCUUCAGAAUCAAGAAGUAGCACAAGCAGUUUUCAAGAUUUUGCGAGCUCUGGUAGUGAAUAUGUACCUCCUGAUAAACAUCCAACUACUAAUUUUAAUUGGUCAGAUUCAGAUUCUGCCCAGCCUUCUCCUGAUAUUCCAUAUCUAAAGCAGAUUACCACAUCUCAAGAUCAAAUUAAAAUAGAUCCUACUUCGUUACCUGGUUGUUCAAAAGAUACGUGCAGUCCACUUGAACAAAAUCCUUGUAACGAAACCGAGCCACAUGCUCUUAAUGAUUCUCUUACCCGUAUUCAAAAGCCAAACCAAGAUUAUAUUAAGAAGCAAUCUGCUAGGGAAAGGCCAACAAUAUGUCCUAUUUGUUUUAAUGAUGUUAGCACCCAUUUUACACGCCAUCUACUUCGACACCACAAAAAGAGUAAAGAAGUGCAGCUCCUUGAAAGUCUUAAACCUCGGAGCAAAGAACGUUUAGCUCUAAUUGAGUCAUUAAGAAAGCAAGGAUACUUUCAUCUAAAGAAUGAAAAAGGGAUUUUGAAUCCUGUCAGAACCUCAAAAAACCCAGAUGUUGAGUAUUUUGUUUGCACAUAUUGCUUAGGUUACUUUAGUAAGAAACUUUUGUAUAAGCAUGUCAAAGGUUGUAAAAAACGCCCUCCAGACGAAGCGACGCCUGGAAAAAAUUGUCUAGCCAGAUCUCAAACUUUUGCAUCAUUACUUGUCGUAAAAAAUGAUGAAUUUUUGAAAAAAUCUCGUCUGAAAAAGGAAGUUUUUGGAAUAAUGCGUCCAGACGAGAUUAGUGCAGUAGCGAAAAAUGAUUCAAUAAUUUGUUUGUAUGGAGAAACGCUAUUAAAUAAACACAAAAGACAACAAAUUGCUACCGUUGUUUCAAAUAAGAUAAGAGAAAUGGCCAGAUUAUUGAUUGCUUUAAAAUUAAUGGACAGAACAAUUUGUACUCUUUUUGACGCUUUAAAGCCUGAAAAUUUUAGGCAUUUGGUAUCGGCAGCUAAAGAAAUAAGUGGCUACAAUGCCGAAACAAAAAUGUUCAAGGCACCCUCGCUUGCGUUGCAUAUGGGCACUAAUUUGAAAAUCUUAUGUGACGUAGCCUUAAAAGUUGUCAUUGAGAAGAGACAUUUGCCGAACUUAAGAUGGGAAGAUGAUAGAGAAAAGAAAACAGAAAUCAAGGAACUGAAAAAACUAAUAAGUGGUCAUUGGUGUAAUGAGCUUUCAAGUUUGGCUUUGAAAAACUUAAAAGAAAAACAUUGGGAAAAACCAACAGAACUACCUCUAACAAGCGACAUUUUAACGUUACAAACGUUUAUUAGUGAACAGGCGGACAAAGCAUAUAAUAACUUGAUAAAUGAGGGAAAAACAAAUAUGCGACAAAAUUAUAAAACUUUAGCACAAUGUGUUUUGGCUUUAACAAUAAUGUUCAAUCGAAAACGUGUUGGCGAUGUUCAGUAUUUAAAAUUGGCAACAUACAUUUCGGCUGACAAGAACUCGGUUAUUGAAGGUGAACAAGCAUUUAUGCGUUCUCUCACAUCGGUGGAACAAAUUUUAAGUAAACGAUUUAAAAGAGUGGUCACUGGUGGCAAAGGCUCUAAACCAGUUCCAAUUUUAUUUUCCAUAAAACUACAAAAAUUUAUAGAUUGUCUAAUUAAAAUCAGAACCGAAACAUCUAUUGUGCCAACAUCAAAUCCUUUCCUAUUUGCAAAUCCUGGAUCUCAAGACAGAUGGAUGAAUGGAAGCAACGUAAUGAGAAAACUUGCUUCUAGUUGUGGAGCAAAAAAUCCUAAUCUUUUAACAUCUACCAGAUUUAGAAAACAUAUUGCUACGACUUUACAACUAAUGAGUAUGGAAGACAAUGAAAUGGAACAGGUUGCUACAUUUAUGGGUCAUACUAAAAAAACACAUGCAGAAUUCUAUCGAUUACCGCAAGAUAUUUACCAGACGGCCAAAGUGGCUAAGAUUCUUUUGUUAUUAGAAAAAGGAAAAGGCGAACAGUUUAAAGGAAAAAGUCUAAAUGAGAUUGAAUUAGAGCGAGAUAUCUACUACAGUUCGGAAUCAGAAAGUGAAACAGAUGAAGCAAUACCACUUGCAGAAAAAGUUCUUAGAAAAGCGGCAAAUGCUCCAUUACAAAAUAAAGAAGAAAAGAAAAACGAAAAUGCAGAAAAUAAUACAAACACAGUCACAAAACAAUUAAAUCUAGAAGAGGAAGUAUGUAGUAGCAACAUGGAACAGGAAGCAGAUGCAGAAGUAGAAGAUGUUAAUGGGAAUUCAAAGAAAACAGAAAAUACGAAUAAAAGUAUUGGAAAGAAAAAAGAAAAAGAAAAUAAUUCAGAAAUGGAAGUAGACACUAAUAACAAUAGAAAGAAUGCAGGAGGAAAGAAUAAGCCUCUUGGAAAGAAAAGUGAAUCUUCAAACUCUGUGCGACAUCGAUGGUCAGAAAAAGAAAAAAGGAUCGUGCUGCAUCAUUUUCGUGGUCACAUUCUAAAGAAAGUUGCUCCGAAGAAACAUGAAUGCGAGGAACUUAUCUCUCAACACAAUGAUAUUCUUGGCUGUGUAAAUUGGGUGCUAGUGAAAACAUUAGUGUACAACACAUACCGUAAUCAAUAAUUUGUUCUUUGAGUUUUAAACUGUUAUUUUGUGAUAGUUGUUUGAAUUGUCUGUAUUUUUUUCAUAUUGUAUGUUUGAAUUUGAAUUGCUGUUUUAUGCUUGUGGUUUGCAUUUUCUCUAUUAUUUGUA